CUUAUAUUAAGUUAUAUGAUAUCGUGGUAUAUGUUUCUGUCCGUUGUGGGUAUUUUAUAUCACUUUGACUUCUACUUGAUAUAUAUAUGUCGGAUAUAUUACUUCAACUCUAAAUGAAGUUUGCUGAGCGUUUGAAUGCUCAUCUUACUCCCGAAUGGAGAACUCAGUAUAUUGAUUACGAUGAAUUGAAAGAGCAUCUUUAUAAGUAUACACAUGUCUUGGAAACUCUACCUUUUUUCUCUGAGGAAGAGACCAAGACGUUUCUGGAUGAAUGUGAUGAGGAAUUUUUUAACUUAUGUGAAAAUGCUUUGAGAAAGAUUGAGGUAUUUUUCUCCGAGAAGAUUGCUGAAGCAAAACGAAAGUUCACUAAUUUAGUAGAUGAGCUUGACAACUAUAUUGAGUCCACUCAUCACAAAUCUAUUAGUUGGAUUGCCGGUUCUAAAGUCUCGCUUUCUAGAAGACUAACAGAAUCAUUUGGAAGAGAAGGGGAAAAAUGUAGAGUGUCUGUACGGGAAAAUGGCUCGGCCAAUACACCUAUUUGGAAUAAAAUUAGCAAGAUACAUUCUGGAGAAAACUCGGAAUUACGUCGGCGCCAGAGUCGUGCCAAACCGUUUGAAAAUCCGAAAUAUGAUGCCCAGAGGUUGGACAGGAGAAAGAAGACAUUUAGAAAGCUACACGAUUUAAAGCUAGCUUUCAGUGAAUUUUAUCUAAAUCUUAUUUUACUUCAAAAUUAUCAAUCCCUCAACUUCACGGGAUUCAGAAAAAUUUUGAAAAAACAUGAUAAGCUCCUCCGUCGAAACACAGGACUACUUUGGCGGCAACAAGUGGUUGAGUGUGCACACUUUAAUACUAGUAGGGAGGUUGAUGACCUUAUUACAGAGGUUGAGAAUAUAUUCACAGAGAAAUUAGAACAAGGUGAUAGACAAAAGGCGAUGAAACGGCUACGAGUGCCUCCACUUUCUGAGACGUACAAUCCACGUGGUUUAUUUCUUUUUGGUUUAUUUUUUGGAGUUUUUCUGGCUCAAUUUGUUGCCAUCCUGUUAACUUGUAUAUUUUUACGCCCAUUACCGCCACAUUAUCUUCCAGCUUUAAGAUUAUUUCGUGGAACAUUUCUUCUUAUAUUUUUUCUUUGUUUAUUUGGUGUAAAUACAUAUGGAUGGCGUUCAUCUGGUGUAAAUAAUGUACUUAUUUUUGUAUUUGAUGCAAGAACACAUCUAGAUCAUUUUCAAUUAUUACAGAUUUCAUUUUUCUUUGCCACAAUUUGGGGCUGUGCGUUAAUCUAUUUCUUAUACAGUGAAGUUCUACAUUCACCUGCCUAUGCAUCACCAUUGGCAUUAGUUUCAUUCAUGACACUUUAUCUAGUCAAUCCAUUUAGUUUUGCUCAUUCAAAAGCCCGUCGUUGGUUAUUACGUGUAUUAGGACGAAUUAUCAGAGCACCAUUUGCUAAAGUGUCUUUCGCUGAUUUUUGGCUAGCCGAUCAAUUAACUAGUUUAAGUUUUCUAUUUCCAGAUAUAGCUUAUUUUAUUUGUUUUUAUGCAUCACAAAUUGAUUGGUCUAAUGGUAUGAAUUAUAAACCGCAUGAUUUUUCUUCUACUCUUUCAACAUCCUCUUCACUAGUCAUGGGACAUAAUAAUAAUAAUGGAUAUGCUAAUUCUACACAAUUAACAAUUCCUUCUUGUGCUUUCCAUUCAAGUAAUAUUAUAGCUAACAGUUGUCAAUGUGAAGGUAUUCUCUUUGGUUUGGAUCCAAUUUUAAGGUUGUUACCAGCUUGGUUUCGAUUUGCCCAAUGUUUAAGGCGUUAUCGAGAUAUGGAUGUGAAAAAAGCUAAUCCACAUUUAUUAAAUGCAGGAAAAUAUUCUACAACAUUUCUAGUAUCUGGUUGUAGUGUUUGUUUAGCAUUCGAUCGAGUAGGUACUUUACCAUUGGCAGCUUAUAUUAUAUCAAGUAUUAUACGAUCCGGUUACACAUAUGCAUGGGAUAUUCUUAUGGAUUGGGGUUUAUUAGAUUGUAAAUCAGAAGAUAAACUAUUACGUGAUGAACUAGUCUACAGAUAUAGAGGUUAUUAUUUUUUUGCAAUGAUUGAAGAUUUCAUUCUACGUUUAACAUGGAUUGCUCGUUUAAGUUUUGAACGUAUUGGAUUUAUACGAGUAGAAAUCAUAACAACAAUAUUUUUGACAGUUGAAGUUAUUCGACGUUUUAUAUGGAAUUUCUUUCGUUUGGAAAAUGAACAUUUAAAUAAUUGUGGUCAAUUUAGAGCAGUUCGUGAUAUAUUUAUUACACCUCUACCUAAGAGACCACCAAGAACAUCAUCAUUAACAACAUUUGAAAAUUCUAAUUCACCUGGUACAUUUAAUUCAAAGUCGAUUCGACCGCAUAUUCACUCGAAAUUUCAAGGAAAACGGGUUGGAUAUUCUCCGGAGGAUAGCCGAAGAAGUGUACCUGAUUUUACCAGAGAUAAAUCUUUUAAUUCACCACAUAAUUCCAGUCCUUUUCAAGCAAGUGAUUCAAUGAAAUCUAAAAGAAUACACGACGAUAUUAUGGAGACUGAGCAGGAAAACAAUUUAACAGAGGUUGAAAGCUCUAUGGAAAACAAUAAGCUAUUUUCACGGGACGAUAAACAUGCAAAUCUAUUUCAUCGUCUUUGGAAGCAUGUGAAAUCUGUGGGAAAAAGUUCGUCUGAUUCUAAACAUGGUAGUCAUGAAUUGUCAACCAAUGAAAUUUCCGAUAAGCCAAUUGAAACUAAACCUACAUUUACUUUAUAUACUGAUGAUGCAGAUGACAAUCAUCUUCAGAUUCCAUCCACUCAGUUGCCAGUUUCAUUUUAUUCUAAAGAAGAAGACCAGCUUUCUUUAGAUAAAUCAAAUGAAAUUGCGCAAGUAAAGCUGAAUUCUUCGCGAUCAACUGCUCCCAAGUCUCAGCCUUACGUAAGGGAAAGACGUGUUCUCAUACUAAAUCAUCAAACAGAUAAUGAAUCUGGAGAACCUUAUGAAAAGUGUAGGCUUGAGCCAUCUCAAGAUUAUUCAUCAGCAUCAUCAUCGCCAUUGAAAAAUUUACCAAAAAAAUCUAUUUUAACAACAGGAAGAAAGUUUGGUAUUUUUGGUGAUCCACAAUCCAUUGAUCCAGCUACAUUGAAUGUAACAGUUGACAAUGACAAUAAAUCAGCUGAUUCAUAUGAUUCUGUAAAUAAUAAUAAUAAUUCUGAUUGUCACUUAAUUCAACAACAUUUAACAUUCAAUGAUAAUUUAUUCACUACGGAAAAUGUAUCUCAUUCAGUUCAUUUCGGUGAUACUAAUCAAUCGGACAAUAAAUUACCUAAUACAACAUUGAAUACUGAUCAUAAUAAUAAUAAUAAUGUUGUAAUUAGUGAUUAUCGAAUGACAAUGAGAGAUCCAUCACAUAUGAGAACUGUACAACAUGACAAUGAAUCACAAUCUACUAUGCCUAUUGUGAAAUUAAUUUCCAACAAUGAUAAUACUGAAAUUCCACCAGUUACUACUACACAAUCAAUGAAUACUUAACAUGAUACAAGAUUACAAAAAAAAAUCAAGUCAUACAGAUUUACUAAUGCAUUAAACUUAUUAUGCAUCGUGGAAAUAGCAUAUUCAUAUAAAAUAAUGGUUGUAUAAAAGCAAGUUACAUGUGAUAAUAUCGAUAAUCCGUUUUGUGUGUUCAAUCGCGAAAUAUUUCUACUCUGGAAUAUAAUGAAUCAAUGAUCAUUUGGAAUUGACAUUAGUCUUUCGUUAAUUACUUCUUUUUAUACAUAUAAAAAUAUCUAUAUAUAUAAUAUUAUGAAUUAUUUAAUUCUGUUAAAAAUAAAUAACUUAUGCGUUAUACUACUUUCUUUCUCUUUCUUUUCAUGUUUUACAUGUUUUUGUGCAUUAAAUGAACACUUUUCAAAUGAGUCGUCGUCCAUUCAACGUACACAUUUCUACAUGUAUAUUGACUGAUUGAUUGAUACCGUUUUAGGUAUUAUUAGCAAAGUACUUUUUUUCGGCCUUCUAGAGUAAAAAUUUACAAAUUAUUUUCUAUUCUAUCGGUUUAUCUUUAAAAUUUUUUUCAAUGUUUCAUUU